AUGCCACUACGAACCUCAAGUUUGGCCUCCGUGGCCGGCAUGUGCGAACCGGAGCGAAGCUGCAGCAUCAACGAGGACAUCGGCCUGGGCUCCGCGUUCACCAUUGCCCAUGAGAUCGGCCACAACUUUGGCAUGAACCACGACGGCAUCGGGAACACCUGCGGCACCAAGGGGCACGAGACGGCGAAGCUGAUGGCGGCCCACAUCACGGCCAACACCAACCCGUUCACGUGGUCGGCCUGCAGCAAGGACUACAUCACCAGCUUCCUGGACUCAGGUCGGGGGACUUGCCUGGACAACGAGCCUCUGAAGAGAGACUUUCUGUACCCCAGCGUUGCCCCAGGCCAGGUGUAUGAUGCCGAUGAGCAGUGUCGCUUCCAGUAUGGCGCCACCUCCAGGCAGUGCAAGUAUGGGGAAGUGUGUAGAGAGCUGUGGUGUCUAAGCAGGAGUAACCGCUGUGUGACCAAUAGCAUUCCAGCUGCCGAGGGCACCUUAUGCCAGACGGGGAGCAUCGAGAAGGGGUGGUGCUACCAGGGGGACUGCGUGGCGUUCGGGACGUGGCCCCAGAGCGUGGACGGAGGCUGGGGCCCCUGGUCCAUGUGGGGGGAGUGCAGUCGGACGUGCGGUGGGGGGGUCUCCUCCUCCAUGCGACUCUGUGACAGCCCACCGCCUUCUGGAGGAGGGAAGUACUGUCUGGGGGAGAGGAAACGCUAUAGAUCCUGUCAUACUGACGCCUGUCCUGUAGGGUCCAGAGACUUCCGUGAGAAGCAGUGCGCCGACUUCGACAGCUUGCCCUUCCGUGGGAAGUACUACAACUGGAAACCAUACACUGGAGGUGGUGUAAAGCCCUGUGCAUUGAACUGCCUGGCCGAAGGCUACAACUUCUACACCGAGCGUUCACCAGCGGUCAUCGAUGGCACUCGCUGCCAGGCUGACACCCUGGACAUCUGCAUCAACGGCGAAUGCAAGCACGUGGGCUGUGACAACAUCCUGGGCUCCGACGCCAAAGAGGACAGGUGUCGCGUGUGCGGAGGGGACGGCAGCACCUGCGAGAUGACUGAAGGCCUGUUCAACAACUCACUCCCACGAGGCGGCUACAUGGAGGUCGUCCAGAUACCCAAGGGGUCCGUUCACAUCGAAAUCAGAGAGGUGGCCAUAUCAAAAAACUACAUUGCCCUGAAGUCAGAGGGUGAUGACUACUACAUCAACGGUGCCUGGACCAUCGACUGGCCUCGCAAGUUUGAUAUCGCUGGGACGGCCUUCCACUACAAGAGGCCCGCUGACGAGCCCGAAUCUCUCGAGGCACUCGGUGCCACCACAGAGACCCUGGUUGUCAUGGUCCUUCUGCAGGAGCAAAACCUGGGCAUCCACUACAGGUUCAACGUGCCCAUCCAGCGCACGGGCAGUGGAGACAACGAAGUCGGCUUCUCCUGGCACCUCCUGCCUUGGUCCGACUGCUCAGCUACUUGUGCCGGAGGCUCUCAGAAGCAGGAGGUAGUCUGUAAGAGGCUGGAUGACGGUUCUGUGGUCCAGAACAGCUACUGCGACGUGGAGAGCAAGAUGCCAGAGAAGCAGAGACCCUGCAACACAGAGCCUUGUCCACCUGAGUGGUUUAUUGGAGACUGGACGGACUGCACAAAGACUUGUGACGGCGGCAUGCGCUCGCGGACGGUCCUGUGCAUCCGUAAGAUCGGCCCAUCUGAGGAGGAGACGCUGGAGGACAGCCUCUGCCUCACCCACCGGCCAAUCGAACGCGAGUCCUGCAACAACCAGUCCUGCCCACCUCAGUGGGUGGCACUGGAUUGGUCAGAGUGCACUCCCAAGUGUGGCCCUGGCUUCAAGCACCGCAUUGUCCUGUGCAAGAGCAGUGACCUGACUAAGACCUUCCCCCCGGCCAUGUGCAUGGACCACAGCAAGCCCCCCGUGCGCAUGCGCUGCAGCCUGGGCCGCUGCCCGCCGCCUCGCUGGAUCCCUGGGGAGUGGGGACAGUGCUCGGCGCAGUGUGGCCUGGGUCAGCAGAUGCGAGUGGUCCAAUGUCUGACCUACACGGGCCAGCUGUCCAGUGAUUGCCCCGAUAACCUGCGCCCCUCCACCAUGCAACAGUGCGAGAGCAAGUGCGAUGCCACACCCAUCCUCAAUGGUGACGAGUGCAAAGACGUAAACAAGGUGGCAUACUGCCCACUGGUGCUGAAGUUCAAGUUCUGCAGCCGCGCGUACUUCAGACAGAUGUGCUGCAAGACGUGCCAAGGACACUGACCUACGCAAGGAGAGAGAGGAAGAUUAGAGAGCGAGAGAGAGAGAGAGAGAGAGGGAGAGGGAGAAAAGACGGGGGAAAGACUGAAAACGAGACCAGCUGAGGAGAAGAGGCAGAGUUGGGGGAGGAAAGAACAAAAGACGCUCUCUCUCUCUCUCUCCCUCUCUUCCUCCCUCCCUUUCUCUUUUCCUCUCUCACACACCUGCUCUCCAGCCCUGUGGAGCCCAGACCACUGCUCAGCAUGUGCUGCUGACACAUCUGUUUUUAUGUUCACUUCCGUGAAGUGGGAGCAUAGACACUUAUCCUCGUUAAUGUUAUUUUUAUUAUAAUAAUAAUUAUAAUGAUUAUUUUUUCUUUUUUGCCUUUUUUUUGGUUUGUUUUGUUUAAAUCCAAAGUGCUGGACACAUCAGACCCACCAGUGGCACUGCGAGGAGAGGGUGGCAUAUGUGUGUUGGGGGGGGUGGAGUGUUUGUGUGGAUGGCAGGGGUUUUGGGGGGAGGGAGGGGGGCAGUGUGUGGUGGAUGGUGGAGAUGGUCGUGAGUUGGUGGUAAGGGGGCUGCUUGCUUUCCCUCUGGUGCUCUCCCUUUUUGGGAUUUGCAGGGGUCACGCGCGUCAAGCUGGUGCUAUUGGCACUCACAUACACACACACGCGUGUGUGUGUGUGUGUGUGAAUGUGUCAUGGGUGAACGCCUUGAUGUGUCCGAGGACCCUGCUCUGUCACCGCCCAGUGAUUCUGUUUGAAGCAUAUUCCCAGUGAGCCCGCGAGUCGUCUCUGUCCUGGUGCUUUUUGUGUAUUCUACCGUUAGGAUGUCAUGCCACCCAUUUGUCCCUCCCUUUGUUUAGCGAUUCUGUGUGUUCCUGUGAUUCAGUAAAAAAAAAAAAACAAUGUCUCUAGAUAUUUCAUCAGCUGACACAAAAUGUCUACCUUUUUUCUCAACGUUGUGGAGGAGGGCGGGUGCGGGAGCACAGAGACUGGUGCUGUGAGGUGUUUGUUUUUUUAUCUGAAUAAGUAGUCAGUUGCUAUAGAUACAAACACACUGUACACACAUACAAUCACCACAUCCUUCUGGUAAUGUCACUAGAUCACAGAGUAAACCACACACUCACUCGUGGAGACGGCCAAAAAAACAAAUCCUUGUGUGUGUGUGCGUGU